AGGAAUCCGGAAUCCCUAGUGGAAGUUUAAAAGUCUAAUAUGUAAUAUAUUCUUGUGUGGUUUCCAGUGUUAAUAUCUCUACAACUCUUUUUCAUAACUUUUUAGUGUUUUCUUCAAUUGACAUCAAUACUACACUUGUCGUGUCUUAAGUAACUGUGGUGGGUGUGAAUCAUCUUAGGUUAUGCUCCUACAAUGCAAGUACGUAGGAAUUGUCAUCAUGACUUAAACUCUGAUCAACUAAUGCCUGUAUCUCUUCGAUAACUAUCACGGCUUGCUUAAGACCCUCUCAAAAUGAAUCGGAUCUCAAAAUUCUUUCUUCCCAUCAAGGCAGUUCAUGUACCCUCAGCAAAUACCAGUGCGAAAAAAAGUGGCAGCGAACUCACCAGUAAGAGUCAAAAGCUUCUGAUAAAUUUAGGUCUCAUCGAACAGUCUUCAAAUGGAUGCUUCUUCCUCCUGCCAUUUGCUCAAAGGUCAGUGGAUAAAGUGAUCAAGGUUAUAAAUGAAGAAUUUGCAGAUAUUGGAGCUGGCAAGAUUUCGAUUCCCUGCCUUACUCAAAGUUCGCUGUGGAAAAAAACAGGUAGAUUUGAUGAAAAUGUAGGAGAACUAUAUCACGUCAGAAAUAGACAUGAUAAGCAGUUCAUAAUGAGUCCGACUCAUGAGGAGUCAAUAACGCACUUACUGUCGUCAAUUCCACCUUUGUCUCACAAACAACUGCCUCUUCUCUUGUACCAAAUUUCAUCAAAAUUUCGAGAUGAGCUGAAACCAAGAUUUGGACUCAUUCGAAGCAAUGAAUUUCUUAUGGCAGAUCUAUAUUCGUUCGAUAAGUCACCAGAAGCUGCGGAAGAAACAUACAAUCAUGUCCGAACAACAAUCAAACAUAUUUUCAAGAGACUUGGAAUGUUUGUCACUGAAGUGAAAGGUGAUGCUGGCAUGAUGGGAGGUGAUUGUUCCCAUGAAUUGCAUGUUUUGGCUGAUAUCGGUGAUGAUUCUAUUGAACAUUGCUCUACGUGUGAUUACGCUGCCAAUAAAAGUUUGGGAGACGCUCAUACUUGUAAUCAGUGCAAGUCUAGUAAUCUAAAAGAACAUAAAGGAAUAGAGGUUGCCCAUUCAUUUUUGUUAGGUGAAAAAUAUUCAAAACCUUUGACUGCCUCAUUCAGAAAUGCAGACAACAAACUUGUUCCUUUUGUCAUGGGUAGCUACGGGAUUGGAGUCAGUCGUAUCAUAAGUGCAGCCACAGAAGCACUGUCAACUGAUGAUGGUUUGAGGUGGCCAUUACCCCUAGCACCUUUUUCUGUUUGCAUCAUUCCUCCAAAGGAGGAUAAAAACAAAACAGAUCCAAUGAGCGCAGUUGAAAAAGUUUAUGAAGCCAUCAAUAAAAUAGAAGAUUUAAGAGGAGAUGUAAUCUUGGAUGAUAGAACCAAUCAGACCAUUGGAAAGCGUCUUCUGGAUGGAAAAAAGUUGGGAUUUCCUGUUAUCAUUGUGUUUGGAAAAUCUGCAUCGGAGGAUAUUCCUAAAUAUGAACUUCACGAUGUUAACAAAGACGAAUGUCAUUACCUAGAGCUCCCUGAUCUUCUUAAAUAUUUGAAUGAAAAAUAUUCAUCUGAACUUACACCUAAGUCUGUAUUUGUUCAUCAGUUCGUCUAGUGCUCUUCUGUAAAUUAAAAACUUGCAUUUAAGGUUGUGUUUUUUACUUUUUUCACUGAUUAAAAAAAUUACCGUCGAAAAUUGUUCGAAUCAUUUUGUUCUAGUAACUCAUUACUUUAAGCAAAAUAAACUGUAUAAACUUAAUACUUUUACACAAUUCUAA